AUGUUCCUAAAUCCUUCUACCAGUGCACGACGCGAAAAUGAUCUACAACGAGAAAAAAAAAGACGACGAGAAAAUAACCCACGACGAGAGUUAGUACUAGAACUAGAAAAUAACCCACAAUUAGAAAAAGAUCCACGACGAGAAAAUGACCGACAAAAAGAAAAUUUACCACCACAAGAAAAAGUACUAGAACUAGAAAAAGGCCCACGGAAAGAAAAUGACUUGCGAAAAGAAAAUGUGCCACAGAGAGGGAAAGACCCACGGCAAGAAAACAUACCACGUGGAAAAAAAGACCCACGCCGACAAAACGUGACACAACACGAAAAAGGCCCACGACAAAAAAUGGAAACGGGAAUAAAACAAGAAAAGUUACAUAAGCCGAAAGAUAAAUCACAAUCUACAGAUAUCUAUAAUUCCAACGGGGGUUCAGCGAAUAAUUCAAAGUCAGGAAAAUCAUCGCGCCAAUCUCGCUCCACUGAUACGCCAACAUAUUUACACAAUUCAAAAAAUUCAAGAGAAAAAUCUAAAAAAUCUUUAAAAACCGUUGAUUGCCAUAAGACAACAAAUGGUACAACCGAAACUUUGCAGCAUCCAGGUGAUAUUAUUGAAGUUGAAGAUCAUGUAACUCAAUUGAUGGGCAAUCGAGAAGCAUUUAAUCAUUGGUGCUCUAUUAGUUACUAUGAAUUCGAUACUCAAAUAGGUGAAGUAUUUGAAUUAAAAACUUUUUCUCACUUUGCUAGUGUUAAUGGUUGCAAAGGUUUAGAUGAUGGCCAUAUGUUUUGUUUGGGUAAUUUAACUAAAAAUCGUCAAAUACCAAAGAAAAUAGGUUCUGGCAUCUUUCUGUAUUUGUGCCUUAAUAGUGAUAUUUUGUUGAGACGAACAUGUCAUAGUCAUAUUUUUGUACAAUCAAAAUAUCUUGAUAGCCAAGAACUACAAAAAAAUGUUAGUUUUGUUCACGAAAUUGAUUUAUGGACAUAUAUUAAAGUAUUCUCUUUGAGAGAAUAUUAUGAGAGAAUGAAGAAAGAGAUUGCCGCUAAAACUAAAGAAGGAAAAACGAUUAGUAGUAGCGAUUUUAAAGAAUUUUAUUGUAUACGCCUGAGUUUUGCUGACGAAUGGGGACCAAAGACUACACGAAAAACUAUUGAAGAAACGUCUUGCUGGAUAGAUAUAAUGAUACGCCCAGCAUUGGUAUUACUCAAUCAGCUACUUGACACAUAAGACAAUAAUAAUUUAAAAGAAAAUUGUUACUUACAAAAAAAAAAAAUUUUUAUCCUUAAAAUAUUUACUAGAGAAGAAAUAUUUUUGCAAACGAGAUCAAUGACACGCCAGGGUGUAAGUAACUGAAAGUGAUUGAGUCAGAAGAACAAUUUAAUCAUCAAGGAGUGACUGAUAAGAUAUAAACAAGAAUUGUGUUAACUUAUGUAUCAAGUAAAUGUUCUUGUAAUUAGACGUGAUUCGGUUUCUGAAAUUGACGUUAUAAUAUACAGCGACAAUUUUACAUUUUCUAUCAUCAAAAUUUGUCUUUAAAAAAUUAAUAAACUAUUUUACAUUUUAAUUGAAUUGUUUUUUUAUUUUUUAUUUUUUUGUAGUAAUAAUUUGCAUUAAAAGCUAGCAUUUAAUUAAAUUGAAGGAUUGGUACAUAACUAAGCUUUUACACGGAAAAAAAAAAACAGUGGAAAAGUUAAAUCAAUAUCCACGAUUUAUUACAGUUUCAAAUGUCAGCAAAGUCCUUAGUAGCAAUUAUUAAUUUCAAAUAAGACUUUUUUGUCCUUAAUAGCAAAUAGAUUUUCAACGUUCAAAUUCCGUGAAAAAAAUUAACAUCUCUCAUUGUAAUUUUUUCUAUAAAUUCAUUUAGCUCGGCUUACAUUCUCAAUAGUUGAAUUUACUUUUCCAUAUAGUAGUGUUUUGAAUAAACUCGAGCAACAAGGUUUAAAAAUUACAGUUUGAGAUGUGAUAAUUCACAAAAUAUUUAUCACUCUCGAGAAUUAGUAGCUCAUACUGUAAAUUUUAUUAACUAACAAAAGAACACAUUUAUUCUCAUAGAACAAAAAAAGCAUUACCAAUAAAUGGCAAUUUUUACAGUUUCUUUUAUCAAUUAUAAAUUUUUCAAUUAAGAACAGUUGAAAAAUAUUAAGUAAAGUGAAAGGCCAAGUACCCGAUCACUCCAUGUAUUUGUAUAGAUAUAUUUAGUGAAAUUUAGUAAAUAUAGAUUUAUAAAUACAUGAGUGAGUGGGUAUACUAGUUCCCCGAUCAGGUACUGGGUAUUUCGAAAAAUUGCACAAAUAGUUUUUUAAAUUUUCUACUUGUGCAUAUUUUUGGUUUUUUUUUUCUUCAAAUUUCAUUGUUCAAAAAAAAUAAUCCAAAAAUUUUUAAUCUUCUGCUAACUUCAGGAUCAUAUCUGAUCAGGGAACUAGUACCUGAUCAGGUGCUGGGUCUCUUACCUUAGAGGCAAACUUUAAAAUUAAAAAAUUAAAUAUAUUUAUUAAAUCAAACAUUAUUGUAAAUUGCAUUAAGUCAAUAAUUUAAAUAAAUAAAAUAUGAUUGAUUCAACCGAAAAAAAAUUUUUUUUAAUUAAUUAAUUACGAUAAAUAUUAUUUUAAUAUUAUCUAAUGAAUAAUAAAUAAUUAUAAGCAAUGAUUAU